AUGUGGAUCCUGUUAUCAUCAAUCAUUUUUAGUAGAAUUUUUGAAUACAUUUUCAAAGUAAUCAAUUUAUUAUAUUUUAGACUUAAGUCAAAAACUUUUUUUAUAUGAAAUAAGUAAGAAUUUUUUUUAUCAUUAAAUUAUUCCUAUUCUUGUUAAUGUUAGCCACAUUUUUAUUUGGAAUAUAUUUCUAUUUAAUGAUCUAGAAUUAAACAAGUUUGGUAUUAAAUACUAAUUAAUCAUUAGAUAAUUUCAUAUGACUUUGCCAUUUUAAUUGAUCUACUAUUUUUGGAUAUGAUCUUAUUUAUUGCCAUUAAAUUUUGGAUAAGGGAAGAAAAAAUUAAUUAGAAUAAACUUAGAGAUUUUAAUUUAUAGCGAAGGCCUAGAACAUCAGUUAAUUUUGAAAUUAUCUAAAAAUACAUCCAAGAUUUAUAUCAUCAUUUAAUUUUUGAUUUAUUAAUAAAAUUUAUUAGAUAUUUAAUUGAAGUCAUUUAUUAAUAAUAUUAAUAAAAAUUAAAUUCACUUUUUAUUUUCCAGCCAAGAAGAUAAAAGUUGAGGAGAGAAGCUGCAAUGAAAGUAACUGUAGAAAAAAGAAUUUUGAUCACCUGA